AUGGCAUCAAAUUCGAGCUUCGGAGCCCUGAUGCGCAGUGCAGUUUUCGAGUAUGAGGCCACGACAGGGGAAAAGCUGAAUGGAAAUCCUUUGUUACAGGCAAAAUCAAUAGAAGAUGUGCUGCACUAUACAGAAAAGAAGUUGACCGAUUUCACUGACUUUCGACAUAAUGACGGAAAGUGGGACAAGAUAAGAACUGUCAUCGCAAAUGCUCUCCAACCUGUUGCGACAGUCUCUACGGCUAUGGGAGCUGCAACCGGAAAUAUAUGGCCCCCUUGUGCAGUCGCGUUUACCGCAAUCAACUUUCUUGUUAGCGCCGCCAGUCGUGUUCGCAAUGGAUUCGACGAUCUGGUUGGUAUCCUCGAAGAUAUUGGCACGUAUUUGAGUGCUUUGAGUGUAUUAGAUGAUGGCCUGCCACAAUUUCGCCUCGCGCAAAUCGAAACAAAGGUCAAGCAAAUAUUUGCCGCGACUCUUAUUUUGUGCGGUAUAACGACUCUUUACAUUAAGCAAGGUAGAUUUGGAAGAGGGAUUCGUCUUGCUUUUUCGAAAGAUAUCAAGCUGAAAGAGGCACAUGAGAAACUGGAGAAAGCAGUGAAAGACCUUGAUAUAGUUGUUCAGUACGGCACUCACCGAAACACGAACAUCAUAAGAGAAGAAUUGACAGUCCUGAAGCCGAUGCAUGACGAUAUUAAAGCCAUUCGUAAAGGUACCGAAGAGAAUACUCCACCUGGCCGUCGAAUCAAAGACUAUUUCGGGCAAUUCAUAAUUGAGGAUACCGAACUACAAGAAAGAAGACGAGCUAUUGUUCCAAAUACAGCUACAUGGAUUCUGGAGGAAGAAGUCUACAGUGAUUGGUCAAGUGAAAACUGGGAUACCGAGACAAGUCAGUUCUUGUGGAUGUUUGGAGGGCCCGGUACGGGGAAGUCGUAUCUCGCCUAUUCAGCUAUUCAACAGCUGUCAGAAAUCUCUGAACGGUAUAGAAAAAUCUCGCUAGGAUGGUUUUUCUUCUCCUCAACUUCUGCAAAGGUUACGGACCAGAGUUUGCAAAUAGCAUUGUGUAAUGUUAUCGUGCAAAUCGCCGAUCAUGAUGCGAUCUACAGCAAAGCAAUUGCGGCCACCAUAGCCGAUAAGGUCUCCUCUCCUCCAGAAGUACUUGAAGCAUAUUCCCUUUGGAAGGAUUUUAUAGCCACUCAUUACAUGCAAAGCUCCUCGCGCAAGUUAUAUAUGGUCUUUGUUGGUAUUGAUAGGAUGGAAGAAGCCGAUCAGAAAACCUUAUUGACCAUGCUCGAAGAAAUUCAACAGCAAAGACUCAAGAUUCGAAUCUUACUCGUGGGUCAACCAUCCAAGCAUGCCAUUUAUCGUCAAAUCGGCGACGAGGAUGUGCCAACAAUUGAAGUUACAAUCGAAAAUAUGAAGGACGAUAUGAAGUUGUACGUGGAGAGUCAAAUCAAGAAGAGUAAAGCACUGCGAAAGUUGAGUGAUCAUGUAAAAGAGAGCAUAAGUGAGAAGUUUAUGCGAAAUGACGGAGGUUUCGGUCUUGUUAAACUUCAACUCGAGAUUAUAGAAGACAUCAAUCAGCCGGAAGAUAUUCCAGUAGCUCUCCAAAACUUACCUGAAGGUUAUAAAUCCGCCCUGGAACAAUCGCUAAAACAAAUUUCCCGCUCAACCCAAAAUAAAAAGGAAUCGGCGGCGAACAAGUUACUAUUCUAUUGGAUAGCUCAGAACUAUGCAGGUCUUUCCGUUACUCAGCUAAAAGCUCUGGUUGCUUUCAAGAGAAUAUAUGAGAACUUUGAUUUACGUCAGAACGUCGAGCUCGUAUGCGCAAACGUUCUUGAGAUCAUUGAUGAAGAUGACGAUUCUGAAUCUGAUGAUGACAGCCAAGACGAUCUGAGCAGUGAAGAUUAUGACGAUAAUAGCGAGAGUGAGUCGAUUUCUAGCCGUGGCAGCAGUCGAAGCGACGACAGCAACCCAAACAGCAGCAAUGUAGGAACAAGUGACACUUUGAUGGUUAACGAAGCGGAUGAUCGUCAGACUGUCGGUUUUCGAACAAAAGCCUACGCGGAAAUCUUUCGCGACGACCAGUGGACUACCAAAAACAGUCACUCGGGUCUUGUAGAGCAUCCAUACGUAGCGAAAUUCGAUAUCUGUGUCACCAUCAUGAGAAUUAUCUCAAUGUCACCAACAGCGGCAGACUAUGAAAAAACGAGGACUCUCGAGAGUUACUGUGCUACUUACUUGAUAGAUCACUUUCUUGAAAUAGAAAUUCCUAGUGACGACGUUGUUUCCUUCUCGCCAGGUGCGUUCCCAACGAAAGCUCAGGCAGUGGUUAUGGUUGAAGCAUUACACGACCUUUUCACCAAUGUUGAAUGUACCUCUAAUGCACUUGAGGGCUGGAAAGAAGAAAUCUACUCGGACAUUACAGAUGUCGCAGAAGAUGAGGCUGAAGAAUCUUGUUCAGAUGCUUCAGAAGGGACAGCCGUCGAAGUUCGGACCACGAGUAAAGCUCAAUCAAUUCUGCAGGCGAGAGGGUUCAACGGGAUUAUGACGUGGCUUCGACUAUACGAUAAACUUCCAGGUCUAAAAUCCAAUACACAUAAAUGGGCAAAAGAGAUAACUGAGAAUCCUACCAAUCUCCUAUUACAUUUGGCAAAAGAGCAUGUCCAACACUGGUUCUCCAAGGUCGAUGCAGAAGAAGCGGAAGAGGCAUUUGUGCUAGCGCGCAAAGCAUUGACCUCAACUGGACUAGAUCUUGGCGACGACGAAAAGUUUACAACAGAUUGUGUCGUAAAAGUCGCCGAUUUCUUCCCAGAAGUCGAGAAAACCGAAAAUGCAAAUCGUGCUAUUGGAAGGAUGAUUACCCAGGAUCUACAACAAGGUUCUGAAUAUUUCGAGAUAGCUUUGAGCAUGGCUACUACCGACUUGAGUAGAUUUUAUACGUAUGUGAGUUUAGCAAAUGCUCAGCAAGAUGCUGGAGAAUAUCAGGCAGCUGUAACAUCGGCCAAGAAUGCACGAGACCUUCACUCGAUCGAAAUGUUCAACACUAGUGAACCAGAUAACAAAAUGUUCUACAACAAGAACUUAUACGACGUAUACAGAGUCCUUGGGGAUUAUCUUCACCAUCCAUAUCGAUCAGUUGGAAACGACGUGAUCGAAGCGUACUCACAAGCACGAAAGCUUGUAGUAGAUGCGGACUACGAGCUGGAUGAUGGCGAAUACGGAACGUAUACGCUUAACAGAAUAUGCGAAGUCCUCGAAGAGGAGAAGGAGUGGUCGGCUCUGGUAUCGACGGUUACUAGCUGGUCGCCAAAAGAAUUUGGUCUAUGGCUUUGCGCCGAUGCAGAAUAUGACAAGGGUCAAAAUAAAAGGUUCAUGAAGGCGGUCAUAUUUUCCAAACAGCUUGAUGGUAUCCAAAAAUGCUACAGGAAAGCUCUCAAAGUUCUUGACGACGACAAUGACGACGAUGACCAACGUGAGGUGUUGAUACGCUUUCAAUAUUCGAAAGCAGCUUAUUAUGCGCUGCAGGACGAUGAAACCGCCUACGAUCAACUUCAGGAAAUUAUUGAUAAUCGCGGCUCUGGUGAUAUUUGGCGCGAGAAUCGUAGGGUUUCUACUCAACUGCUUCUCCUGAUUGCCAAUAAUCAGCUUCGGAUUACCGCGGUGCAAUGGGUUAAAAGGCUUUUAGUUAAAGAUAUGCAAAAUAUCUUCAACCGCGGACCCAAAGUCAAGGAUCUUUACAGCAUCUCGCCUAGUAUUCAACUAGCAGGUGCUUAUAUUGAAAUAAACGAUCUUUCAUCGGCAAAAGACUUGCUUCGCGUGGCAGUUGAAAUCUGUAUCGAGGCACUCCGAGACACGGUGACGACUAACGAUCAAUACGCUUUGAAGUUACUUGCCAAGUCACUAUUUAUAGUUGGUCUCGAGCGAGACGCGAGUAUUGCUUAUAGCAUGAUUUUUUCUGUACUUAAUCCGGAGCUGAAUCAAGAUAGGAAGAGCGAAGGUUCCGAGGAUAGUGAGGAACGCCACACAACCGGAGGCGAACCCAAUCCGGUGCUAAAUCAAGAAACGACGAGCGAAGUGCGCGGAAAUAAUGAAAAUAACCACACGAUCGGAGACGAACCAGAAAAACUUGACGAACAAAAACCAACGCUGACCGAAGACUCUUCUAUCACUCAUGAAUCGCUCGCGCAAGAUGAACAAGAAGUGACCAACACGCUCGAAGCAGACCCCGAACCCCAAGACCUCGACGGAAGUUUCUGGCUCGAAUGCAACGGCAGCUGUGACGAAGCUCCCCAUGACGACUGGACAGACGGUCCUCUAUACAUGUGUCUCACAUGUCCAGACAUCGACCUCUGUCAAGCCUGCUACGAAAAGCGCAUGGCACAAAACAACGGAGCCGAGAGCACAUACUGGAAAAGGGUAUGCGGGAUGAAUCACGAGUACAUAAAAGGGCCUAUUGAAGGCUGGAAAGGAGUUAAAGAUGGGAUUCUGAGUAUUGGAGAUGAAAAAAUUGGGUUUAAGCAUUGGCUGGAGGAUGUUGAGAAGAAGUUGGGUGAGUGGAUGGAGGCAAGCGAGGAGGAAACUGAGGACUGA